ACCAAAUACCUAUCCGUCUUUGCCUCCUACUCGAUACCGGCCAUGCCUGAUCCAGUGAAAGCGCCCAAGAAGGGCUCCAAGAAAGCUGUUACGAAGACCGUCAGCAAGACCGGCAAGAAAAGGAGAAAGUCCAGGAAGGAAAGCUAUGCCAUCUACGUGUACAAGGUCCUGAAGCAGGUCCACCCCGAUACUGGAAUCUCUUCUAAGGCCAUGGGCAUCAUGAACUCCUUCGUGAGUGACAUCUUUGAGCGUAUCGCCGGGGAGGCUUCCCGUCUGGCUCAUUACAACAAGCGCUCCACCAUCACCUCCAGGGAGAUCCAGACCGCUGUCCGCCUGCUGCUGCCCGGAGAGCUGGCUAAGCACGCCGUGUCUGAGGGCACCAAGGCCGUCACUAAGUACACCAGCUCCAAGUAAAACUACCGAUCAAUUAACAAACAACAUCCAAAGGUCCUUCUAAGGACCACCCACUUCUUUCAGGAAGAGCUGAAAUACCUGUACGAAAUGAAAAUGUUUUAUGAUCUCAGUCUCAGAUGUUGGUCGUGCUCAGGAGGAAAUGUAUUUUAAUGAUUAUUCAGACUGAUGCAAUUGUAGGUACAGGUUUACUCUAAGAAACCAAAUGACUUAAACUUAACGAAAUCCAUAACAAACUCAGAAAUGGUUUCUGUUUGUAACCAGGUAAUGCCGACAAUAAGGUCCACGAGACAAAUAUCUAGCACGGACACAUUACUGGGCUUUGCUCUGCAGAAAAACUAGUGAUGGGAAAAGCAGUUCAGGAAAGUGAUUCGUUAUGUACUUCUCUGCACUUCUGUCUGUGAUUCAGAAUUUAAUAAGUUGAAACACAGCCAAACGUUUAGUUCUGCUCGCGAUCGUACUGAGAACAGCCGGUGGUGAGUAAUAAGUCAGUACGGAUCACGGACAUGAGAGGGAGGGCGGGCUUUGAGCGACUCUUGCGGUCUAGAGAGAGAUACGGGACGGGAGAGAGGAGAGCGCAACUGAAGUUGAGAAAUGAACAACUCUUUUCAGUAAGUGUUUCAGUUCAGCUCGUUCACCCAGAUCACGGACUACACAUCACUAGAAAAGACUAGCCUUAAAAUACAAAUAUCCUCUACUAUAGCCAACUGUAUGUCCAAUAUAAACUGUUUAUUAGCAUGUCAAAGGACGCAACAAAUAAUGUACUCCGCCAAGCGUAUUGGCUUUUAUUUCUAAUGUAUUCUUAAGAGUGAUGUGUUACUUUUUUGUUGUUGUUUUUUUUUACAUUUUUUUUUUAAUUAUUUAAAUUAACAAGCUUUGUUUUAAAUGUUCAAAUGCCAAAAUGAAUGAUCAAUAAACCGACUUUCAAAGCA